AAUCCUCCGAAUCGCUGGCGAAUGCCGCAAAAACACAAGACAGGCAAGUCUGACUAAGGACGUCUUGUCGUGGUCUGGCACGGAUAAAGCGUCAUGCGUUACUUAAUGCAGCAACAAAACCAAUAAAUUAAACUACGUAGUUGCUAUAAGUGCGUUGACGACUAGCUCGUAUUGCGUAAAGAAGUAAUAGUAGAUGAAAGCAACAACAACGGUUUUUAUUUGAAGAACGAGGAGGAAAAUAACAACGAGUACGCAAUAGGGGUCAUCGACGUAAGACGAUUAGAGUGGGAGGCCCGUUCAAGUGGCGCGCGUUGAACCUAUGGCAUCGUGCAACAAAGGAAUGACAAUAAGAACAAUAACAUUGAGAAAUUUAGGCGUUUCGAACCAGCUGAAAGCAGUAGUAAGGAAGCGGGAUCAGGGUGCGUCGCGCGUAACAGUCGCAGCAGAAACUGCAACGGGCGUCAUCUGGAAGAAUAACGGAAUUUACGAAAAAUACGCCGUGUGAAUUUGACUGCGCAACGUGCCUAGGAGUGACCAGUAACGACGCUCGGACGACUACCUUAUUAGCCAUAGGGUAGACGUUCGAGGGGCUGCGUCUGUAUGUCUGUGUAGAUGACAGGAUGAUUGUGUGAAAAACCUGCUGUUGUUGUAGUUAUGGUGACUAUCUAUCUUCCUGCCUCGCGCUACCCCCAAAAGGUGGAUUAAGGGAAAAGUUAUCGAAAAUUGACUCUGGAUAACGGAUCGGCUCCUCACAAGUCUACAAGCAGCGUGGACAGGAGCCAGAGGCAGAAAAGACUAUUGGUUUAGCACCAUACCAACAGAUUCGCUGCAAGUAUUAACGAACGUAUAAGAAGUACACCUAAAGUCGGAAACACCAGCACUACACCUUGGAUCCCCAAUCCUUAAAUGUGCCCGAUAAUAACCCUUGCUUAUCUGUAACAGAAAAUGAGAAAUAGGGUAAGCCUAACGUCUUUCGGUUUUCUCUUGAUCAUCCCUUUGUGCGGGAAAUAGAGAAGGCUCUCUCAUAAAAGAAUUGCAUCCGAAAACGAACGAACUGCUUCCACCAACGUUGAAUCAAGUUACUUAAUCUAUUUGGCACGUGAAUUAGACUGAGUUUACCGGUUGACGACGACCUGUGAAGGUAUCCUGACCAAUAACAGGGUAAUUCUGCUUCUGGUGAUAUUGUGAAAAUGCAGUAAAUAGCUCAUUCUUUGGGUCCAUUGCAUUUAUAGUGUAAGCCCGUGGGUAAAGUUUAUCUAUCGUGAUUCUUGUGUUGUGGUUCUGUAUUUGUUGCGUUGGAGGUUUGGAACGCGUAUAAGCGAUCGCCACAUGGACAAAAUGCGAUGCACAGUGAUUCUCGCUAUAGGGCUUCUUCACUACGCCGUCACGGCAAGUUGUCUACGAACGCUAGACAAAGUCCGGCUAUCGACGUUGUCCUGUAAAGCCAAUUGCCUCGAAAGUUAUACACCGCCAGGGAUGCAGGGUGAAUUCAACUGUUUCCGUCACCCACAAUGUUGGAUGUGCUGGUUCGGGUGCAAACUAUUCCAUCAAAGUGUCGAAGCGUGGUCUGUCAUGUGUAGCCCUAAGGGCCGAGAGAUUUGCCUUGAGGGUUGCCAGACCUCGUGCCGCUUUCAUGAAAGCGACAACGAGCUGGAUGAUAACCAUCCUGUCGGCCCGCUGGAAACACAAGAGGUCGUUGAAGACGUCAAGUAUCAGUACGAUCUCGAGGAGAAUACAACAAACAUAGAAUGGGAUUAUAGGCCGGAUGCCCAGCUCAGUGGGGUCAUAUUGGUGGUAGGCACGAACCUUAGCUUGAAUGAUACGUCGCUGGUGGAUCCGCAGAACCUCUACAUUAUUGGCCGGACAUACUACCGAAACAUCACCAUAGAUGAUACGUACCUGGACAAAUUCUGCACGAUCCGCCUGGCAACCGUCGACUCGGAGAAGAAGAUCUCGUUACUGAACGUCCACACCGAGCACUUAAAGCGUCACACAAAUCGAUGCCACUCUGUUGGAGCGCAUCAUCAUCCACCGAUCAUAAGUAGCAUUCACGUCACCGACCUGCACAAACGUUACAACAUUUCCGACAGUCAUUUUACCUUGACAGGAUCCCACAACAACCGCAGCAAUAACAAUGAGCAGGCCUCGUCCGCUACAGGCCAGACCGACAUAAUCGGCUCAGAGGAAAGAUCUCGUGACUCUAACGGACUCCGUUACAGCGGUGACCAGAGUGCGCCGCAGUCUGGCUUCGCCUUGGGAAACGCCACAAGCAUCAAUUUCGAGAAUCGCCAUGUGCUGAUCAACGCCAGCGACGUCGCCAUCGCCACAUUCACAGCGUCCAAUGCCGAAGCGUCCAUCGACGCUGGGAAUAACUCGAGCGAUUCUGAGGGUGCUAGCGGAAACAAGACGGUCUCUGUCACACCCGGGAUUACUCACAAGGUUAGCAACACAUUUACGUCGCAGCUCGAACUAUUUCCUGCACCGGUGCUGAUCAGUCUGUCGAGACCUCGUCCAACCAAUUAUGCCAUCCAUCAGGGACCCGGUACUCAUUUGUCGCUAGCCAGUAACGGUCUGACCGGAGCGGGCAUCGGAGCUACUGCGGAUCCACAUUUGAUAGAUGGAAAAGUCGGCUUAUCCUCCGAGGUGCUCAAGGCGGCCAUUCGUUGGGAUCCGUUUGUAAACUCGUCAGAAGAUGGUUCGUGCACAAAAUACAAAGUUACAUGGAAGGCCGCAAUAGUAGACAAGGUUGCAGGUGACCUGUUGACAUGUUCUACUAAUACGUCGAUUUCAGUGGAGCGCAACAGCGUUUACCAUGUGUGGGUCAGCCUUUUUGGCCACGAGCAGAUCCGCACCCAGCAACUUACUGUGGAGACUGCCCACGCCCAGUUUGCCAAGUUACACGCCCUUGAAAGCUGUCAUGGGUGCGUACGUGGCGACUAUACAACGGGCGUGUCGGCGGCCUUAGCUUCGUUGAUUGUUCUGGCCGUGGCCGUCUUCCUCCUCAUAAAGAGCUACCGGAGCUACACCCUCCGUGACCAUAAACUCCACAAUAGCGUGUCCUCAUUCCUGAUGCCUAGUUCAUUGCUGGGCGAGUUAGGUGCCAAGCCGAUGAUGCACGUGAUUGAGCCGAAAAUGCUGAAUUCGGCUGUCAGCUCUUCCCGGGCUUCGGCCCAUGUCACCAUUACCCCAAUCGCCACCCACGGUCCCGAGGAACAACCCUCCAGCAGCUUGAGGAGUAACGGGCCUUACGAGCCGCUGAGCCUUGAAGACGAAGAUGUCAACUACUUUGUCUUCGAUUUACCAAAGAACCACACUGCCGUAUAAAGUCAAUGUCGUAGAAGAAUGAAAGGCAUGAAAAGGAUGACAAUGGCAUGACGAAGAUAUGGAAAAAGUUAAAACGAAAGACAGACAGGCAACGAUACAUUUAAAGGAAACAGCAAAAAAGAUCUAGCAAGCAAGAAAAGAGGACGCAAAGAAGACGAAAAAAAUGAACCCAAAGCGAACGACAAUGAUACGUAGUCUCGCUUACGAAUCGCUCGUCUUACUUAACAAUAUCAGAAAUACCACUGCUACAAGUAUGAGCUAAUAUCCAAUGAAUCUUAAGUUAGUUAGUCCCGUCCAUAGACAAACGGAAUCGAACGGAAGUAGCAAGAGUGGACACCAAAGUCGUACCAACGCGCCAAACGAAUGCAAAUCAAACAAACAGGAAGUAUGGGAAUGGUCGCCUGCCAAAUUGUAUGAAACAGCAAUAUUUAGGUAUGCACGUGGGAUGCUUCGCCCGGUGAACGUGGCAGAAGUAAGGAAUGGCGGCUCGCUUUUGCGAGUCCUGUCUUUAGAGAGAAGACAUCUUUGCCCAUUCGGGCGGCCGCCAGUCAGACAGUCGGCAGCAAAGCAAAAGGCACGCACGCCAACUAGUGGAUGCAUGCCGAACGUGCAUAAGGUACUUUUGGGAACAAGGACUUCGCGCACAGACAAAGCCUUGUGUGAAUCGCGUUAGACUAUAGUGUUUGCUGCCCGAUGAAAUCGCCCGUUACCUGCAGACCAUGGAAAACGUGAAUUUAUGGUAUCUUUUCAACAUCUUCAAGCCGACAAAGUGUUACAUGCAGAUUAAUUACUUUCGUACUGUCACUUCUAGGCACCUUCUAAUGAACCAAAUCUGAGAACGACGUCGUACCACUAUGGCCAAUGAAGCUAGGUGGCAUAAGUUUUCGGCUGAAACCUGUGUAACUAAGCGCAGUACGAUUAAGCAAACAAAGCUUCCGAAUUAGAAACGAUUAGAAUCUAAUCCGGUUUCUACUAUCGAUCAAGCUGAAGGACACGGUGAACGUCAGAUACGUAAAAGGAUACUAUUUUUCAUAGGGAUCCACUGCUGUCAUCUCUUUUUGGCUCGAGUGAAACGCUACCAGCGACUGGCUAUAUCUUCAUAAAGCAAUGAUGAUAAUAAUGAAGCGCCCCGCUGUCUGCGUAUACGUGUACCGUAACAGUGAAUAACAGUGUACGCAUUUGAGAUUCGCGGCUGGAACAGGUCACUUAGGAACAGGUAGUCUCGAUUCACAGACUCGGUGUAGGACAUCUAUUAUUUCUAUUAUUAGAAGUUUUACCUUAACUUGUUCGUCCCGCCUAUAGUAAACAUUCAUGGAUCGGAAAAUUACAUUGCGGGCAUUUGAACAAUUGAGCGAACGCCACCCUGUCACUGGUGAUGCUGUCCUGGCAUAACUCAUCAACUUGAGUUGAUAAGGAUUGCUAAUAAGGUAAAAACCUAUUCGAAAUAAGAAAAAAUCCUCGUACCUAAAUUGAAUACAAAACGAAUAAAGACGGAGGUAAAAGAGUGGACAUGACAUGGUGAUAAACAAGGCGAAACGAUUCGAAUAAGCAGAUAAAGGAGUCGAAGGACAACGACAGGAUACGAAUCGACCUAAAUACAAUGAGUCACCGAAAUAAGGCCAAGCAAAAAACGCUUACAAUCCAAUUAGUUAUACAACUUCGAUCGACCGAUGACAAUCAACUAGCGCAGUAGCGAACCAAUCAGUGGAUGGGUAUAAAAGAAAUUAUUACAGACUUGAAAGGGGAAAACAAAAAUCAAGAUAGUAAGGAAUAUAUGACUGCGUACAAUAUACUUAAAAUGGUGCGUGCAGUGGAGAGGUGGUUCGCCAACGCUGACCAAAUGUGUAUUAUUCUAUUCUUUUUAAGGUCAGGCUUAACAACAAGGUCCAGAACAAGCCGAUAUUAAGAGCGCCAAACGAAGCUUCGUUUUCUCAGUGCGGCGAAUUCGCUGACUUGUUUCAAGUUAGAUGAAAAUAAGAGUAUAGCUCGCGACACGAGUUUUUUGCUUCUGCAAGCAAUACGACCCAAUCUGUAAUGCUAGAUCUGGGUUUUCUUCGUCCAUUCUUCGAAUUUACAAUGCACGCGCUCUAUGACGGCGCGACGUGUGGCCGAUUGGUUCAUUGUUGUAAACUAUUAGUUCAUACUGUAUCAAUGUAUCUGAUACGGCGGACCUUGAAGGGAUCGCGAUAGCUUCGACUUCUGGCAGGUGUCACUGUGUGAAAGGCAACCAAUACUAGCGAUUCAAUGUCCUCUCUGUAAACUAUCAACAGUAAAAAAUAUACGAACAAACCAAAAAUUCUCCCCAUAUGUAAAGCAUGCAAGAUCAUCGUCAGAUCCGUAAAUCACACUCAUCAUUAACAAUAGCUUCUUUCGGAUAACAACGUUAGCAGACUAACCUGAAACGAUCAUACGAUUGGUGAUUUCUAUAUAAAUAUGCUCCUUAGCAAUUGACUAAAUGACUGAGAUAAAAACAACAGAUCUCAGCAGCAUCGGCAGUACUGAAACGCAUUCUCAUCAGAAUUCUGAUGGGAUGGCUGCAGAUAUAUGAAUAUAUAUGCAUAGUUAGUAACGAGUGUGUGUGUAUAUAUAUAUAUACAUGGAACAGGAGGGUACCGAUUUGCUGAAGCGCCAGCGACAAAUGAUCAUGGUAUAUAUAUAUAUAUAUAUAUAUAUAUACACACUAGAUAUGAUAUAUAAAUAUAAUGCUCUUUUUUGAUGCGGCUAUAUAUAUGAUAGAUUACUAUCAAGGGAAGUUCAUGCUCGCUGUGAGAUUUUCUGUUCUCUCUGAAAAUAAAGGUCGAGAGAGCUCACGUUAUGAGAUUGUUAACGGCGGUAGCGAUGGAGGUUAGCGGGGAGACAAUAAUUAAGGUGCACAUAACUGUUGAAAAUGGUGAUAACAACUUCGAGUGGCCAGCCACUAAAGAUUAAUGGGUCAACUGCCCGAAAUAUGGUGAAAGUUGGGUUGCUAACUAAUCGUAAGUUUCGAGCUCAUGUAAUACGUCACGUAACAGGCCACUGACCAGUAGUCUGAGCCUAAAAGAAGGCCUUUGUAUUAAGGGACCUAUGCUGGACGAUGGAAAUAGACUGCGGAAUCUACAAUAUGACUAGGUCUUUCGUUGCAUACCGUCUUAAUAGUACCUUACACGGAACCAAAAUUGGCCCCUGGACACAUGGUACCUUGGAAUAUUUCUCAAGAUAGAAAAAUCAUAGGAAUUGAAUAGAGAUAAUCAUAAUGACAAAAUAAUUUUAAUGUUACACAUUCGAUCGAAUGAACAUUUGUUGCAGAAACCUAGCAUGACUAAACAGCUCAUAGAUGGUUCGUGGAUGAUUAACGAUUAGUGGGGCAAACGUAUAGUAAAAUCAGCACCUCCGCGGUUGGAACAGGGGGCCACUCGAAAGUUUGUGACAAUUCGUGCCUAUGCAAGAUGGCUCGUAACCCAAACUCAAAUAGUUAUCGCUAGUUUGUCGCUAGAUAUAUCGUUAAUACUUCUAACGCCUCUCAGAACCUCUACCCUGCUACCGAGACCCCGCAAGAAACAGAGGCAGAUACCUUGUGCCAGCUUCCAACAGGCUGUACAUACACACCGACCUCCUAGCCGAGAUGAACCAUCCCGAAUCAGCUCCAUCUACUUUCAGAUUUCCCGUAACCUGUAAUAGGAAAGGUAGACGACGUGACUGCUAACCAAGCUGAUCAACUGAUUGUCAGAGCAAAAUUAAGAGAUAGAUUGAAGAAACGACAGUUACUACGGUCACAUGCACCCGGUCGACGGUGCUGGCAAAUCAGCUAGCAAUCAAACCGAAAAAAACCUUAACUAGAAAAAAAAAACAUUCAACUUACUAUUAUCCUACUGACGCAUUUCCCGCCAGAGUAUUUGAUUUCCUUUGUAAAUAUUUCCGUGCCAAAGAAACAACAAUUAAAAAAGAAGACAACGUAUUACGACAUCCAUGGACAACAAAGAAUAACACUGAUGCCUGUGUUCAAACAACAAAGGU